AAAUCACCAAGACUCGCUUGAUUCUGUCGGUGACAGACCAGUUUCACAGACAAUACAAUUUUUAAAUCAACAAUCAUCAGGAAAUGAACUACACAAUGGUACACGAUCAAGGACAUCUGAGUGUGACUGUGAGAAAGAAAUGGAAAUUGACAAUGCCAAUGACCAUGAUGACCAGAACAUACAGUUACCACAAACUGAAAUUGAAGCACACAAUGAGUUACCAGCUGCUAAUCUGGCUGAUCAUAAUGCAAACGAGGUGAUAGAACAAGAUCAUGAAGAAAGAACAUACAAAGAUUUUCACCAGAAAGAAAAGCCUAUCAAUUUUAUAGUAAACCUGAAAGAAUUUCAUGGUGUUAAAGAAACUACAGCACAUACAGUUGCAACAGGUGUGGAUAGUUUUGUAAGACAAACAGUUGACAUUUUACAACAUAAAAUCAAAAAUACUCUGGAACAAGCUGGAAUUGGAGCAGACACUGUUCCUGGACUGCAACAGCAGUUUGAUGACUUUGAAUUACCAUUUGAUGGGUUACAAACUAAAUAUGCUAGACAGAAAUAUAUAAAACAGAAUUACUUUUAUGUGGCACCUGAAGAAGUUGUACUGGGUGAACAACUGAAGUAUGUUUUACGAAACAAAAAAAGAGUUUUGGACGUAAAGGAGGAUAAAUUUUGGUAUAUACCAAUAUGUAAAAGUAUUGAGCAACUGUUGCAAAAUAAGGACAUAUACAGAUUAGUAUUUGAUAAAAGAACACAUCCGUUUGAUAAUAACUUUUAUUGUGAUGUAUCUGAUGGUUCAAUUUUCCGUGAACAUGCAUUGUUUAGUGUUCAUCCAAAUGCUUUUCAAAUUUUGUUAUAUUUUGAUGACAUUGAAAUCUGCAACCCACUAGGAAAAAAAGCAGGAGUUCAUAAAUUGGGAGUCUUUUAUUACAGCUUGCUCAAUUUACCCUUGGAAUAUCGUUCAAAAACGCCAUCAAUACGCUUAGUUGCAAUAAUUAAAAGAAAAAACAUAAAAACUUAUGGAAUGAAUACUGUAUUGCAACGGAUAAAUGAUGACUUGGUAGCUUUUGAGAGUGGUGUCCUAAUGAACUUUAAUGAACAGCAGACUCUUGUAAAAGGUGCAUUGAUCGGUUUUUGUGGAGAUACCCUUGCUGCCCAUGAAUUUGCAGGCUUUAAAGAAGGAGUUGGAUUUGCCUAUCAGAAAUGUAGACAUUGUGAAUGUACAUUUGAUGUUAUGCAGGCUCACUUUGCAGAGAAAAACUUUAUCCUACGAUCUUUACCAAGGUAUGAUCAGCAAGUAGAAGAAAUGUUAAAUGCUCAAACUAUUGGAAUGAGAAAACGAUUAUCAUCAGCCUAUGGCAUUACAAGAAGGAGUACUGCACGUGACUUUCCUCAUUUUAAUUUGAUCACUAUGAUUCCGGAGGACAUCAUGCACAUUCUUUUUGAAGGAGUCGUAAUCUAUGAAACAAAACUUGUACUUGCUAAAUUGUUUGAUGAUGGCCUUUGCACAAUUAAACAGUUGAAUUAUGUAAUUGAAAACUUUCCUUAUGGAUAUAAACAUAAAGAAUGUAAACCAAAUUGCAUACCAGAAAAACUGUUUGAUGAUGAUGAUACUAUGACCUUGAAACAGUCAUCAUCAAGUUCUAGUACAUUGUACAAACUGUUAGAAGACUGUGCAGCAUUAGUUAGGCGUAGUAUUGAAGGUCUGGACAAUUUUGUAAUGGAAGGUUGUAGGGCCUUCAGAGAUUUAGAGUCUUCCCAGGAAGACAUUGAAAAUAAUAGAAAUUGUUUAAAUCUUAUUAAUGUUUCAUUUUCAUGA